AUAAUUUCUCCUUCUUUUCUGAUGCCAGGAGGUGGAAAAAAAAUCAAUUUUCUCAUAAUUAAUUCAAAAUAUCUAAGGGUAGCCAAUAUUAAAAGGGCCAAACGUUGUCGCACAGUUAGAGUUUCGAACCCUAAACCGUCUGCAAGCAGAAAAAGCAGAAAACCCUCUCUUCUCCAAUCCACCAUCGCCACUACCACCAGUCAGUCACCAUCAUGUCCCAAAAAUCAAAAUCAAAACGAAAGACACCAAGACAACAAGGAACCCCAACGACAAGCCCAAACCCAACCCCAUCGGAGUUCUCAUUCGCCAUAGCCAGAAUCGCAGCGUCUCAAAUCAGUCAAUCAGUCGGCUUCAAAGCCACGAAGCCUUCCGCUGUCGAAACCCUAGCCCACAUCGCCAUCAAGUACAUCGAGGCCAUAGCUUCCGCCUCAGCCUCCUACGCUGCCAUGGCCAAUCGCACCAACACGAACGUUUUCGACUUCACCAACGCCCUCCAUGACUUGCAGUCGGUGCAAGGCUUCAAAGGCGCCUCCUUUCUCCACAAAAACGGUUUCUGCGUUUUGGGUUCGGGCGUUUUGACCGAUCUCGCCAAAUUCGUCAGCUGGAACGAGGAAACCCCUUUCGCCAUGCCGAUUCUGCGGGCCGAGAAAUUGGAUACAGAGAAACGGAUUCCGUUUCCGGUGGAAACGGAUUCCGGGAGGGAUUUGCACGUGCCGAGAUGGCUUCCAGCAUUCCCGGAUGUAAAGAAAACGGUCGCGAAGAGGAGGAAUGCUGAGGAGUUGUGGGAGAAUAUGGUGGCUGGGAAUGUUGGUGGUGGUGUUAUGUAUGAAAGUGAAAGAGUAAGUGAGAGUGGGAAUUGGAAUGGGAAUGGUGGGAAUGAGAAAGGGUUUUGCUUGGAAUUGGGGGAGGAGAAGAAGAUGGGGAGAGUGAGUUUUAGGAUUGGAUUGGCGGUUGAGGAGGAGGAG